AUGAUACUACGACUAAGGCUCUGGCGUUUCUUGCAUCUACUUGCCGCCUCUGCUCCUCUUUGCCUCACACAGAUUGUCAAUCUCACAGGCUUCGAUCCUGAAGCUUCUGGUCUUUCUGGCCCUUCUGGCUCUGUUAGCUCAGUCGAUGCCGCCCAAUAUGAAGGCCCUGAGUUAGGCAUAAAUUGCCGUGGUGACUGGUUGCAUUGUUGGGGCGCCGACGGAAUAUUAGACGCGAUCAUCAACCUCCUCCCCAAAAUCGACGACAAAGCUAUCUGGGAAGUCAAUUCCCACAUCAUCUGCUUCCGCGCAACUGGGCUUACUAUCCCUGGAAAUGCCGGGUUCUGCCUCUUCAUGCAAGGCGGCUCAUACAGCCAGAAUCUCUAUUUCCGGCCUAAUGGAAGAAGCGUGGCCGGUGUUGACGGCGCAUCCGUCAAAAGACUGAUGCCAAAGCUCCGCGAACACGGCUGCAACAGCUGCUCUAGCAUUCCUUUGGCGGUCAACAACAAUCCCAGCAGUAUAGGCCAGCUCACAAUCAACUACGUCCACGACCGCCGUGGUUGCGACGCCCUCAUCUGCGACCCAACCUUCAAAUGCAGCGACCCCAACAAUCCAUACAACCAAUGGGCGCUCUACAACAAGCUGAAAGCGAAUGGUACCACUCCCGAUAUCGCCAGCAUGAACACUACCAGCAUUCUCGUCAACAGUAACGGAUAUCUCGUACCUGUGCCAGGCGAAGAUCCUAAAAUGUUCUGGAUGGAUAACGUCUGUACGGGCACGAUUAAGGGUCCGGAGGGGUUUGGCCAGUAUAAUGAACAAGGGCAAGGCCAACAGGUAUCUGCCAGUCCGGUGGCGUCAUCCGCGCCGAGUCCGAGUCCCCAUAACCAGUCGCCAGCGGCUUGGCGGGGAAGUGGGGUUUCCGCGGCGGCGGGUGGGAGAAGGAGGAAGAGGGAUGGGGGGUGUAAAAGGGAGGAGCAGACAUGA